AUGUCGUCGGACGAGGGACCAUUGGCUCCUCCAAGCAACGAACAAGGGCUCGACUUGUCGAAGUUGUCGCCCCAGGAAUUGCGCAUUUUCAAGAUGUAUGGGAAGCUCCCCACCAAGCAGCAAAUUCUAGCUUCCAAACUACAGGAGAAGCGGUAUUUCGACAGUGGCGACUACGCCAUGCAGAAGCAGCUCGGCGGAAGUAAGUCGGGCGUGACCGGGGUGUCGAUGAAGCACCCGAACGCGGAGAGAGUGAAGGAGAUGUCCAACCGGAACUCCAUCAGCGCCAGCAAUUCGGGGAUUCUCUUCAACGGGAAGCUGAACUUGUUGAGCGAGUCCUCUGUGCAAGAAGAAGACGAGAAGAAACCAGAGUAA